AUGUUCCAGUCAAAGCUCCUGUGUGUACAUUUUGUUGUGCUGAUCUCUGUUUUUUCUAAAACAGAUGGAUAUUACGAGUAUCAGACGCAUGAAUGCGUCUUCAGCUCCAGGGAUCUGAAAGACGUAGAAUUUGUUCUCUCUUUGGUUUUUAACAAAUUCAUAUAUCUCCAGUUCAACAGCACAGUUGGCAAGUUUGUGGGAUUCAAUAAAUUUGGACAGUUUAAUGCAGAUCUUAAGAACAAUAACUCUGCCGAACUCCAGCAGUGGAAAGGUGAAGUGGACAGAUACUGCAGGCAUAAUGAUGAAAUUUUUUUCUCAGCAAUUCUUGAAAAAGCAGUACCCCCAAAGGUCCAUGUGAGAUCACUCAGAAAGGGCAGUGGAACACAUCCUGCCAUGUUGAUGUGCAGUGCCUAUGACUUCUACCCCAAACAAAUCCAACUGACCUGGUUAAAGGAUGGUAAACCAAUGACCUCUGAUGUGACCUCCACUGAGGAGAUGGCUGAUGGUGAUUGGUUCUAUCAGGUUCAUUCCCACCUAGAGCACAUUCCCAAAUCAGGAGAGAAGAUCUCUUGCAUGGUGGAGCAUGCCAGCCUCACUAAACCCAUGAUAUAUGACUUGGAAUCCUCUGUGUUGGAAAGUGACACCAAUAAGAUUGCUAUUGGAGCAUCUGGACUUGUGCUGGGGGUCAUCCUAGCAGCUGCUGGAUUGAUCUACUACAAGAAGAAGGCCACAGGACGGAUCUUGGUGCCACAUUAAGAGCUGUUAUUGAUUCAAGGAUCUUCUGAAGAACCGCUCCUGUCUAUCAGCUAUGCACCUAUUUACCAAACUGUAAAAUCGAAUGUGAAACAGCACC